GGGCCACUCCCAGUAAUUCAAGCCUUUUCGUUUAGGUCUGCAUUAUAAAGGAGGGAGUUGGAUAGCUGCUAACAUUCACAGAGCAUUGCAAGCUGAAGAUGGCUGGUGUUGUCUUGAAUAACCUUAACCUGAAGAAAGGACACUGCUUAGAACUGAAGGCUCGCAUCCCAACAGAUUCAAAAGGAUUUUGUGUAAACCUGGGGAAGGAUUUGUCAAACUUUAUCAUUCAUUUUAAUGCUCGCUUUGACCUCCAUGGAGAUACAAAUACAAUAGUCUGCAACUCAAAAGAAGCUGAUGCUUGGGGCACGGAGCAGAGGGAAUCAUCAUUCCCCUUUGAACAGGGGGCAGAGACCCUGGUUUGCUUUGAGUAUCAAGAGGACAAGCUGAUUGUUAAGUUAAGUAAUGGGCAAGAAUUCUCAUUCCCAAUCCGAAUGCCUGUGGAUACAAUUGACUUUCUAUCAUUGGAAGGCAUUGAGUUAAAGUCCAUCACUCUUCAGUAACCACUUAUGAGCAGUCUAUUCUAUAUAUAAUCGGCUAUUGGAAACCAGUUCUAAAACUUUCAGACAUACAUGGUACUGUGAGUUAGGUUACCAGACCUGAGGAUAUAGUUAUCAAACAGGGAAACAGAAAGAUUUGAAAACAAAUUGCAAUUUUCAAUAGAAAAAUAACUAUGGAAAAUGGCUUGUCUAUUUUACCAUUCUGGGAUUUUAUCUUUUACCACACCUUAAAUUGCUUUGUGAAUAAAUACUAGUACUAAACUUUACUUCUAUGCGAGAGACUUGGCAAAGGUUCAUUGUUUUGAACUUGUUGCAAUCACUAUGGCUACCAUGCAACUGCAGGUGCUUUUCUUUCUCCCACUUUAAACCUAUGCGCUGCUUUAAAAGAUCUGUUCUGUCUAGUAUAUAACUUAGGCUUUGUAAAUGGUCUAUACCUCUCAUAGUAUCAUGUUAUGGCUGUACAGUUAACUAGGUGCCACGGUGAGAAUUUCCAUCUGGUGUCCACACUUUAGAAAAGCAAAUCUCUGUAUUGUUGGCAUAAAACAAUAAAUUCUCUCAUUCAGAAUUAA